AUGCUAUUUCUACCAUGGAGUAAUGAAGAAGAAGAUCUUCUUUAUAUAAAUCAUGAAGAGACAUUUGAAUUACAUAAAGAUAUAAUUCAACAGAAAAGAUCUGAAUAUGUUCAUCGUGAAGCCAGUGAAUUUGAGAAAGCUUUUGAAGAGCAUAUGGAAAGAGAAAAUGAGAAUGAUAUUGAUGAUACAGAUAUUGAAUAUGAUCAAGAUAAGAAUGAAUUCCUCAUUUAUGAAAUAGGAAAUAAUGAAGGCGAUAUCUUUGUCGAAAUGGGACUAAAGACCCAAACUGAAAAAGUUGAACAUUUUAAUGUUCCCAAAGUAAUACCAGAUACUGAAUAUCAGCAAAUGAUGAGAAGUCUCAAUAACAAUCAAAGACGAUAUACUUUAAAUGUGAUGAAUUUGAUAAAAAAUGGAGAUAAACAAUUUUUUCAUUUUAUUAAUGGCGGUGCAGGUGUUGGUAAAAGUACUUUGAUCAAAGCAGUAUAUCAGUCGAUACUGAGAUUCUAUAAUUCUCUUCCUGGAUCUAAUCCAGAAACUAUUCGUACCCCAAUCUGUGCGCCAACUGGCAAAGCAGCAGCACUAAUUGAUGGAAUGACGUUGCAUUCAUUUUUAAGUUUACCAGUUAAUCAAUGCAAACAUAAGCUCGUUCAGUUAAAUAGCGAUAUUUCGAAUAGAAUAGGAGUGAAAUUGAAAGACUUGCAAUUAUUAAUAAUAGACGAAAUAUCAAUGGUUGGUUUUACGAUGUUUCAGCAGGUAGAUGCACGCUUGCAGCAAAUAAUGAGGACAAAAAAGCCAUUUGGUGGAAUAUCAGUCAUGGUUUUAGGCGAUUUCAAUCAAUUAAGACCAGUUGGGGAUAAAUACAUAUUCCAGUUUAAUAAUUCAUAUAAUGCUUUAGUAGAUAAUUCAUUAUGGUCACUAUUUGAAUUGUUUGAAUUGACAGAAAUAAUGAGACAAAAAGAUGAUAAGACUUUUGCCAUUGCAUUAAGUAAUAUAGCCAAAGGAACGAUGACAGCUGAAGAUAUUCAUCUGUUAAAGUCACGAAUUGUUUCAACUGAAAAUUUGGAAAUGGUUGAGGAUGCAAUAAGAAUAUUUAGAAGUAAUGCUGAAGUUGAUUCAUAUAAUAGAAUAGUAUUGGCUAGUCUUAAUACCGAAGGUGCAAUCUCUAAUGCAUAUGAUUUUUGUGUUGGUGAUGGACUUGCAUCAAUAAGAGAAAAAGUUUUAGACAACGUAAAGAAUUUGAAAACAACUGAAACUUACGGUUUACCACUUAAAAUUGAUUUGAAAGUGGGCCCUAAGUAUAUGAUGACAGUGAAUAUUGACACUGAAGAUGGAUUAGUAAAUGGCGCCUGUGGAAAAUUGAUAAUGAUUGAUUAUGGAAAACUUCAAAAGACAAAUGAGACAGUACCAUGUCGAUUAUGGAUUCAAUUUAGUGAAGAGAAGACUGGAAGAAAGGCUAGAGCUAACUUUCAUAAUGUAAUGCGAAAUAGAAAUAUCGAUCUCAGUCUCACACCAAUUGAACCAGUAACACGGCAAAUAAAUACCAGAUCAACUAAUUUCAAAGUAGAACGGAAACAGUUUCCUGUAGUACCCUGUGAAGCCAUGACUACAUAUAAAAGUCAAGGUGGUACUUAUGAAAAAGUCGUUGUCAAUCUAAAGAAAGGGAUGACACGAUCUGAAUUAUACGUCUCUUGUAGUCGUGCAAUAAAAGCAAUUGGUUUAUAUUUAAUUGGCGAUUUCGUUCCACCAAAACCACCUGAACCUAAUGAUGCAGUAGCGAUGAUGUUUAAAAAUAUGAGAUAUGAACGAAUGCUAAAAUUUUCACUUGAAUUUUCUGAAGAAUCUCAAGAAGAACGAUUUUUCGUGAUGUUUCAUAAUGUACAAUCGUUGAAUAAACAUAUUUUCGAUGUCAGAUCUGACAAAACAUUUUUGUCUUCUUCCAUGAUAAGUCUUGUUGAAACAUGGACAAAACCUAGUGACUCUUUAGAAAUUGAAGGUUUCAAAAUAGUUCAAAGACGUGAUUGUAAUGAUAUUCGAAAACCAUUUGGUCAAAUUACUUAUCUAAAAAAUGAUUUGAAGUAUGAAAAUAUCACCGAAAGAUUUGAAUAUUCAGGCAAAAACCAUAUUGAAUAUUCCUCAAUAAAAAUUGAUGAUAUUUGUAUUAUUUCCGUUUACAAUUCACCAAAUUCAUCAUUUGAUGUCUUAAAGCGACAUAUGAAUGAAGUUAUAACUAUUUCAAAAGGAUUUUGUGAAAAUAUAAUUGUCGUUGGUGAUUUUAAUAUAAAUUUGAAAGUCAAAACCAACAACAAAUUUAUUGAAUAUAUGAAAUCAUUUGGACUUAGAUUGAAUAAUACACUAAAUAGAGAUUCAACUAAUGCAAAAACACAGAUUGAUUAUUGCUUCACUAAUGUAAAAGGCUUAAAGUCUGAUUAUUUUGAAAGUCUUACAAAUUUUCAUAAACCAAUAUGGAUAAGAAAACAUGAAGUUUUGACUAAGUUUCAUUUUGAUGAAACCGAAGACAUUUAUACAAAUAUACUUUUCAAUAUCAAUGAUGCUAUAAUUGAUGAUCAAUCUGACGCGAUGGAAGUCGAUGAGAAAUUUGCUUUUGAACAUCAUGAAACAGUCGAUAAAAAUGAACAAAUUGAUUUAGAUAUGUCUUUUCAAUUGGAAGAUCUCAAAGUUAAUGAGCCAUCUGAUAUGAUGGAAAUUGAAGAAAAAUCUUUUUCCGAAAACUACGAAAUCAUUGAUUCAAAGUCAAGAAAGAUUCUAAAUCACUUUCUUCUUGCACUUGAGUUUGAUAAUACUACAGAUACUAAUCAAAUUACAAGUCAAGCUCAAAUAAUCAAUGACUUGAUUAAAAAAUCACCAUUUAUAACUACGAAUAAUAAAGACAAAUCCGUCCGGUUAAAAUCGGAAACAGAAUAUUCUGUUCAAGCGUUCGAUUCAGUUUAUGCUAGAACUCGCACGACUGCAGAUGGCAAUUGUUUAUAUAGUUCUCUUUCGAUAUUAAAUGUUGGAUCUGAAAAACUAACAUAUUCGAUGAGAUUGUUGGCAGUUAAUGUAAUGAUGAAUAAUAGAGAUUAUUUCCAAGCACUUUGUAAAGUAUUGCACUAUCCAUUUGAGGAGCAGUUGAAAAGAACUGCUAUGGAUACAAUAUGGGGUGGAGAAGUUCAAAUUCAGGCGCUUUCUAUGGCUCUAUCUCAUCCUAUCUAUUCAUAUAUUCAGUUUAACAGUGAUCCAACAAAUAGACAUUAUAUUUCAUCGAACAUUAGUUUUCAGGAACUAGUCGAUCGAUUUAAUAAAGGGACAGCAGGUGGUCAUUUAAAAUAUAUAGGAUACAAAUCCGAUAUGAAUAAAUUAGGAUUUUGUGUUUAUUACAACGGUACUCAUUAUGAUGCUCUCUUGCCUUUUCGAGAUAACCCUCAACCAUUUGUACCACACUUUGACUUGAUUAAUAUGAGUUUAUAA